CUCGGCGCGCGCCCGCGCGGCGGAGUCGCGAGACUGGCUGCGGCGGCCACGUAGCGCUGCGGCGGCGGCUGAGGGGAGCGGGAGCCGCGUCCGCCGGCGGCGGCGGGGCCUGGGCCUGAGCCCGAGCCCGAGGCAGCGGCUACUCGAGCGCCGCGGCGGCGGCUGAGGGGGCCGAGCGGAGGGAGAGAGGGAGGGCCCCGGCCGCCCUGCCCUCCGCCCUCCCGCCUCGCCUCCUCCACCCGCCCUCCGCCGCCUCGCCUGUGCCCCCCUCCCCUCGCCGCCCGGCAUGGAAGGCGGUGGGGGCGGCCCUGAGGGGAUCGGCCUGGAUGAAAUGUUCAACGGUUCAUUGGCAACUUUCUUCAGAAGAAUAAUUACUACUGCUCUGCUCUUGCCAUAAUACCAGGAUUCUGUGACCUACACAUCAGUGCUAACCACCAGCAGAGAAUCAUAUUCUGUUCAUUCUGUGUAGAUGGAACAGGCAUCGGUCUUGAGAGUCCAUCCAGAUUUAAAGCUGCUUACUUGGUUUUCUGGGAUUAAAGGUGCUCAAUGAAUCAGGGCCCCCCAAAUGAGUCAAACAGCCAAUUCUUGCCAACAGUUGGUUGAAAACUGUGCCACGCAUGUAGCAGGGAUGGCGCAAGAGGACAGUCGCCGUGGUCAAGUGCCACCCACGUUUUAUCAUGGUGCCAGCCAGGAGCUUGAUCUGUCCACCAAAGUAUACAAGAGAGAGUCAGGAAGUCCUUACUCUGUGUUGGUGGACAGCAAAAUGAGUAAACCACAUCUCCAUGAAAGAGAGGAGCAGCCAUAUUUCAGGGAGAACAGAUCGGUAGGAGAGGUCCGGGCUGUGAAAGAAGAUAGAGAAAACUCUGACGACUCUGAGGAGGAAGAAGAGGAGGAAGAUGAAGUGACUUACAAAAGGGAGCAGAUUAUAGUAGAGGUAAACCUUAACAACCAAACAUUAAAUGUAUCAAAAGGGGAGAAGGGUGUCCCCUCCCAGUCCAAAGAGACUGCUGUUCUUAAGACCAGCAGUGAGGAAGAGGAGGGUGACAGUGGGGAAGAGGCCACUGAAGACAGUAAUGAUGAUGAGGAAAAUGAGAGGCAGAAGAAAAAAGAGAAAAGAGUGGAAAAAGUUAGUGUUGCACAAAGGAGAACAAGGAGAGCUGCAUCUGCUGCAGCAGCCACAACUUCCCCAUCACCCAGAACUACAAGGGGUCGUAGAAAGAGUGUGGAGCCCCCCAAGCGUAAGAAGAAAGCUGCAAAGGAGCCCAAGGCACCUGUGCAGAAAUCAAAGUGUGAAGAGAAGGAGACUUUAACCUGUGAGAAGUGCCCCAGGGUGUUUAACACACGCUGGUACCUGGAGAAGCACAUGAACAUCACUCACAGGCGCAUGCAGAUCUGCGACAAAUGUGGGAAGAAAUUUGUUCUAGAAAGUGAGCUGUCCCUUCACCAGCAAACAGACUGUGAAAAAAAUAUCCAGUGUGUUUCCUGUAAUAAAUCAUUCAAGAAGCUCUGGUCCCUCCAUGAACAUAUCAAGAUUGUCCACGGAUAUGCGGAAAAGAAAUUCUCUUGUGAGAUUUGUGAAAAAAAGUUCUACACCAUGGCCCACGUGCGGAAACAUAUGGUUGCACACACAAAGGACAUGCCAUUUACAUGUGAAACCUGUGGAAAAUCAUUCAAACGAAGUAUGUCUCUCAAAGUACAUUCCCUACAGCAUUCUGGAGAGAAACCUUUCAGAUGUGAGAACUGUGAUGAGAGGUUUCAGUACAAAUAUCAGCUGCGUUCCCACAUGAGCAUCCACAUCGGGCACAAACAGUUCAUGUGCCAGUGGUGUGGCAAAGACUUCAACAUGAAACAGUACUUUGAUGAGCACAUGAAAACACACACUGGAGAGAAGCCCUUCAUCUGUGAAAUCUGUGGGAAAAGCUUCACCAGCCGCCCAAACAUGAAGAGACAUCGCAGAACUCACACAGGGGAGAAGCCCUACCCGUGUGAUGUGUGUGGCCAGCGAUUUCGCUUCUCCAACAUGCUCAAGGCACACAAGGAGAAGUGUUUCCGUGUUACCAGCCCCGCCAACGUGUCAACUGCUGUCCAGAUCCCGCUGUCCACGACUUCUCCUGCUGCCACAAUCCCUGCUGUAGUGAACACACCCACCACCCCAACUCCACCUAUCAACCUGAACCCAGUGAGCACACUUCCUCCACGCCCCCUUCACCACCCAUAUUCACACCUUCACCUACAUCCUCAUCCUCACCAUCCGCAUCAUCUCCCAGUCCCCCCGGUUCCUCAUUUACCCCCUCCUCCAGCUCUUUUUAAGAGCGAGCCUUUAAAUCACAGAGGCCAGAGUGAGGACAACUUUCUGCGACACCUGGCAGAAAAAAACAGUUCAGCACAGCACCACUAACAUCUUCGCUUCCUGCCAGCUAUUUUCCCGUUUUAUGCACAUGGAAACAUGCCCUCAUGGAAGUACAGAGGGUUAGUUGGUGGUGAGGAUCUUUGUCUUUCUCUUAGCCCCAGCAGAUGGUCCUAAUUUUUCCCUCGAAUCAGUUAAGAAACAAGGAAAUCCUGUUUUGGAUCAGCAGUGCUCAUUUGAACCUGGGAACCAACAGGACUUAAACCCAAUUUGCUUGUGUUUUACUGGUGACUUUUAUAAAUUUCAGAUACUGAGACUUGUGGAAUUUUAUAAUUUCAUAUCAGCUGAUGAGGUAUGCUUGCUUUUAUAUCCUGGACUUCUCCUCAAAGAGGAGAUAGGCCUGGUUUUCUUUGUACUAAUCGGAAAGGCUGUGAGAUUAAUACAGAGCAUUAAUUGUAUCACUGUGUAUCGUAAUGGAUUCUUUUCAGCUUUUGGUGCCGGCUAUGGAGUGAGCCAGCCACGUAUCACAGUAUAUUUGAGCAUUAUAAAGAAAGACAAAAAAAUUUCUUGUUUGUGUAGCUCUCCUAACACACUCUUUAUUUUACUACAGAAAUUAUUUUAGAGUUUUUUGUAUAGACCUAUUUAGUAGUCUGUUUCUAAAAUGAAAUGUAUUUCAAUAAGCGGUGUAAUUUUUUCAGUGUAGCUGGACCUAUGUUGUAUAAUAGAUAAAUUUUUAUAAUCAUCAAAAUGUGAUUCUUAAAAGAUGCAUAUAGCUUCUAUAGUUAAAGUUAUUCUUACAACCAUACAACUUAAAAGGUGCUUCAGAGAAGAAAGGAACCCAAGAGGUCUCUGGAAAGGUUGCCUCAAAAGUGAUGUUGAUUUCAGAACUUUACGUAAUUUAUUUUAGUUGGGCUUUUUUUUUUGGUUUUUUUUACCCUUACGUUUCCCUUUUCACGGUUUCUCUUAAGGUUUUUGGACAAGGACGUUGGGAUACUGUAUUCCUGCUCCACAGGUUUUGGUUAGCUCAGUUGGAGUGAGGUAUGAGAUGGGUUCGAAAGGGAGCCCCCGACACGUAGGGACCUGCUAGUUUGGGAACAGAGUCACGAGAGGAGAGAUCUGACAGCAGAGAGAGGAAAUCAAGUAUCUCUAGUUAGCCAAGCAUCUUUUCUCUUUACGUAGGACAGCCGGUUUUAAUGGCUUUUCAUGGUAUGAUUUUAAGUUGGGGAUCAUAUCAAAUGCUGCUCUUCAGAUUGCUUUUUGGAAUUCCUGGAGUUGUUAGGAGAGGAGAAUUAAGUGAGAUCAUAAAUGUGGUGUUUCUGACUGGUUGAUUGUAAGAGUGAGAAGAGAAGCUUGAAUGAGACAAUGGUGUUUCAGUUGCAUUGUUAAGAAAAUGCUGAUCGCACUGUAUGUACCAUGUGAAGCUCUAUCCCAUAAAUGUAAUGUGCAUAAAAUUAUGGGAUGAUUUCUAGGGGUCGUAGUCAUAUUUUGGCAAAUCUAAGUUUUACAGUUGUAGGAUAGGAAACUUUGAAUUGUAGGCAUGUCACUGUUUCAUAAUCCUGGGAGGCAAUGAGGGGGAAAUGACAAGUUAGUGCAGGGUUGGUGGGCUGGAAUGCCAAAUGUAUCUGUUUUAACCAGUGAGUAGCUGUUAUUUUUUCAGGUUUGUAUUUCUCUUCAACUAAAACUAAGUAUAGCAGCAUUAUGCAAUCUAGGAAAUUGUUACCACCUUCAAUGAAGACAGAGGCCCAAGGCAAUGUACUGUAAGUCCUCUUUUCCUUAAAAUUCCUAUUCUUCUGUGCUGCUUUUUAAAUUUAAUCCCACCAAACUAUAUAUCCAGAGAUCCUCACAGGCAGAUAUCUAACUUACCAUUCUGCUCGGUAAUGAACUGGUUUUGUGGCUAAUGGGAUAUUAAUUUUUUUUUUCAAGAUGGUGAAAAUUCUUCCUAGCGUUACUUCCUCAAAGUUAAUGCUGUUAAGCACUGUGUUUUGAAACACCAUGUCCUUUGUUGAGAAUUAGCUCCUUAGUUGAUGGUUUUCACCAUUUUCUACCACCUAAUCAUUCAUGUUUUUUUUCAUAACAAGCAUAGGAAACUUUAGGAACCAGAAAGGGCAAUUUUGGCCCAACAAACCUACUCAUUUUUGACUGACCUGAAACCCCUUCCAGCAUUUCUGAAAAAAUAAAACAAUGUUUUUUAAAUGUUUUAUCUAUAAUAUUUAUAUACACCCUUUUACCUUCUAGAAGAAAAAGCCAGUUAUAAAAGUGAAUUUACACUCAUGAUUAUGACUGUUGUAUUUACUGUGGCUGGUCCGCCCCGGAGGUUCUAUGCAUUCCACGUCACAUUUGCAACCUACGUUUCUGUUGUGCCACUAUUUUAUGGUCAGGCCUGUUAUUAAAUGAUUUUUAAAUGCUAAAAAAUUCUUGGUAUAUCAAUUGUAUUCCAUUUUUGCAAAAUGAUUUUCUUCUCAAUAAAUUUACAGUAUUAGGCUGCUAUUCA